AUGAACGACGCGCCCCGUCCCGAAAUCUACCCGCGCUACUGCUUCCACCUGUCGCCCACGACCAACAAGUGGUGCUUGCUGCACGCAAGCGAGGUUCACGCGCUGGACCAGCACGCCGGCUUUGAAGGGGAGAACUUCUUCUUUUACAAGAACCUGCCGAUAAAAUGGGUGCGCGUGGUCGGCGUCGUGGUCGCGAUUGACGACUUCUUCGGCCGGCGCGCCUACACUGUUGACGACAGCAGCGGAACGUGUAUCGAGGCGCUAAUUACGCGGCCGACGGGCAAGGAAGCCAAGGGAACGGCGACAGAGAAGGCCCAGCCGACGACGACGACGACCGCUGCCGCCUGGGUGCCGGAGAAAUACAAAGACAUCGACGUGGGCAGCGUGGUCGAUGUCAAGGGUCAGGUCUCCGUGUAUCGGGGCGAGAAGCAGGUCAUGGUCGAAAAUAUGGUCAUCGUGCCAAGUACGGCACAUGAGGUGCUUCUCUGGGAGAAGCGUGCCGAGUUUCGGCGAACCGUCCUCGACAAGCCCUGGGUGUUGAGCCAUCGUGACCUGCGGAGAUGCCGCAAGGAGGCAGAGAGAUCAGAAGAGGAUGCUGCACGCAAGCGACGGCGCACCGAAGCUAAGGACAAGAGUAUCCGGAGACAGGAAGAGGAGGAAUCGUGCGGACGCACGGCGGCCAGCUCUCGGGACAAGAAGAGCGCGCGCAGCCGGGCGACAAAGGACGACAUGCGAGAGUUGAUCCGCGGCGGCGCCUUGGAGGUUGCAGGGAAAUACAGCGCUCUAGGUCUGUGA